AUGGUGAUACGGGAAAAUAAGAAGAUAAAUGCAGAAAAAAUAAGAAGGAAGUUUGGCUCAUGUUGGAAUUAUGAAGACAACUACAUGCAUCACGAUAAUGGAAAGGUGUGGUUAUUAUGGAAACCGGAUAUUGUGCAUAUUAGAGUGGUGAACAUUGCUGAUCAAUAUAUUCAUGUAGAGGUUUGUACAUUAGACCGCAUUAUUCAAUAUGUUGCUACUAUUAUUUAUACUUUUAAUCAAUUAGAGAAAAGGAAACUGUUAUGGAAGAGAAUUGAAGCCUUAAGCAUGAAUGUAAAUAGUCUGUGGAUUGUAAUUGGAGAUUUCAACAAUGUUCUCACAAGUCAAGAUAGAAUUGGGGGCAACAAUGUCACUGAGGCCGAAUAUAAAGAUCUUGCGAACAUGAUGCAAAUUACUGGCCUGUUUGAAGCAAGGACUGCAGGUUCGCAUUUUACGUGGUCUAAUAAACAGACGAAAAAUGCAAUAUAUUCACGAAUUGAUAGAUUGAUUGGAAACGUGCAAUGGUUUCAACAACUCCUAGAUGUUACAGUGGAGGUGCUAUUGCCAAAUAUUUCAGACCAUGCUCCAUUGAAAGUGACUAUGCAAAAGAUGGAAGGAACAACAAUGUUUAAGCUUUGGGCAAAGUUGAAAAAUCUGCAGCCUAUUCUACAUAAGUUAAACAAACAAUACACAAAUAUUCAGCAACAAAUUCAGCAGGCUAGGAGGGUUUUGGAACAGGCACAAAAUGAUCUUAAUUCCAAUUUAUUUGAUGCACAAGCCAUUGAACAUGUAAAGCAUUGUACUGAUCAGAUCACACGUUUAAAUCAGCUUGAGGAAUCUAUCCUAUUGCAGAAAUCAAUAGUAACUUGGUUUAUAUUAGGUGACGGAAAUAAUUCGUUUUUCCAUGCAUCUGUAAAGGAGAAGAACAAUCACAAGGGGAUCCACACAUUAACUUCCUUGACUCGAGAAAUAUUGAAUACUCAAGAUAUAAUUGAAAAAGAAAUAAAUUGA